UGUGUAAUUCAAAUCAGUCUCUGCUCGAAUCACCGAUUCUCUACUCACUCGACUACUUCUCUGCAAUGGAUCAAAUCCCACCGUACGAGUUCAAUAAGUACGUGCUCUACGCUCGUGGUGCCGUCAUCGUGUGUGCUUCAUUUGAGCUCCUGAUGGUUCUGUUCGGUUCCCUCGGCGAUUGCAAUUUCCUUGCCAAGCUAUUCUACUUCAUCUUCCUCGGUGGAGCAGUUGCCGUCUCAUCGCACAACAUUGCUCUCAACAUUGAUGGUCGCGAGGAGAUCAACAAGGUUCUUACCUCGUCUGACAAUGAAGUUCGUGGAAAGUCUGCCGCAUUGGUUCUUGUCCCAGCUCUUGCUGGUAUCUUCGUCUUCUUGUGUGUUUCUGGGCAUGCAUUCUUCUCACUUUUCGUGCUCAUCCACGUGCUCGCCGCUGUUGGACAACUCGGAAUUGAAGCUUAUGAGUUCAAGAAGGGACAAUCUGGAGCUCCAGCACAAGACCCAGCCGCCACUGCACCACCAGCCCAGGAUCCAGUUGCAGCUCCACCAGCACAGUAGAAAGAAUACUUGGGGGUUUUUGAAAUAAAAGUUUUUACUUGC